CCGGGCCCCCGCGGCGCUGCCCAGUCUGGCUCCGGCGCCGCCCGUCGCGGACGCGUCCUUGUCGCUGCUGCCACUACUCCACCCGCUUCUGCUCCUCCGCCUCGCCCGGGCCCCCUGCCCGCAGCCAUGAGCGCUCUCCGCCCGGGUCGAGCCCGCUGCCCUCUAGAUUAGUCUCCGCCGUCGACCCCGGACCCGCCUGCACCAUGGAGUCGCCCGCCUCGAGCCAGCCUGCCGGCAUACCCCAGUCCAAAGGAAAAUCCAAGAAGAAGAAGGAUUUACGGAUCUCCUGCAUGUCCAAGCCACCCGUGCCCAACCCCACCCCGCCCCGGAACCUGGACUCCCGGACCUUCAUCACCAUUGGAGACAGGAACUUUGAGGUAGAGGCUGAUGACCUAGUGACCAUCUCAGAGCUGGGGCGUGGAGCCUAUGGGGUGGUGGAGAAGGUGCGGCAUGCCCAGAGUGGCACCAUCAUGGCUGUUAAGCGGAUCCGGGCCACCGUGAACUCACAGGAGCAGAAGCGUCUGCUCAUGGACUUGGAUGUCAACAUGCGAACAGUCGACUGCUUCUACACCGUCACCUUCUAUGGGGCCCUCUUCAGAGAGGGAGAUGUGUGGAUCUGCAUGGAGCUUAUGGACACAUCCCUGGACAAGUUCUACCGGAAGGUGCUUGAGAAAAACAUGACGAUUCCAGAAGACAUUCUGGGGGAGAUUGCUGUGUCUAUCGUGAGGGCGCUGGAGCACCUGCACAGCAAGCUGUCCGUGAUCCACAGAGAUGUGAAGCCAUCUAAUGUCCUCAUCAACAAGGAGGGCCACGUGAAGAUGUGUGACUUCGGGAUCAGCGGCUACUUGGUGGAUUCUGUGGCCAAGACGAUGGAUGCUGGCUGCAAGCCCUACAUGGCCCCUGAGAGAAUCAACCCGGAGCUGAACCAGAAGGGCUACAAUGUCAAGUCUGACGUCUGGAGCCUUGGCAUCACCAUGAUCGAGAUGGCCAUUCUACGGUUUCCUUAUGAGUCCUGGGGGACCCCGUUCCAGCAGCUGAAGCAGGUGGUGGAGGAGCCGUCCCCCCAGCUCCCAGCUGACCGUUUCUCUUCUGAGUUUGUGGACUUCACUGCACAGUGCCUGAGGAAGAACCCUGCAGAGCGCAUGAGCUACUUGGAGCUGAUGGAGCACCCUUUCUUCACAUUGCACAAAACAAAGAAGACGGACAUCACUGCUUUUGUGAAGGAGAUCCUGGGAGAGGACUCAUAGGGGGCAGGGCUUUGGACCCCACUCUAGCCCUCUAGCACCCCUCUGCUAGGGCAGUGCUUGCCCACACCCAUAAGCUACUGCCACACUGGCCUUGGGCAUUCCAGGAGGAAUCGAAGGGGCUGCUCCCAAGUGCCAAAGAACCAGACUGUCGGGGCCCCCUGCCAGGCCCACUUGGGGCCCACCAAUGCCUCUGUCAUGCUACUCCAAGGACCCCAAGUCUCCAUCCUCGGAGGCCCUGAACUUGGAGGGGCCUGGAUGCCCCUGCCAGAUGCUGCUGCCCCUCACAGAGAAGGCAGCUGGUGCCUGUGCACAGGCCACUGCCUUGGCCCAGCCCUGGAUGCCACCCAAGUUGUAUAUUUUUUUAUCUCUCAACUGAAUGGACUUUGCACACUUUGAUCCAGGGUGGCCACACCUCUGUCCUGGCAUCAGUAGGGGGGACACAGGGAUGAGCCACAUGAAUCCCCCUGAGCCUACUAUGAGGGAGAUGCCAGAGCCGUCCAGGCCUUCAGCCAGGCAAACGGCCUCUAAGGGGCACCAAAGACACCUAGCCUCUGCCUGCCACCUCUAGGGGUGGUGGUUCACUUUUUAAAAAAAAUGUUUCCUCUUCUUUUUUUGGUUUCUUUUGCUUUGUGGGUUUGGCUGGUUUUUCUUGCAUGGUUUGGAGUUGGUAACUUUUCUGCCACCCCCUAGGGGACCAGCAGGCUGAGACCCACCCUCUCUGCUCAGGCUGGGGUCUCAGAGGAUGGGCCCAAGGUGUCUCCUCGGAGAGGUGCUCUUCUUGGGAACCAGCUUGAUAGGGGCUAUGGAUUUGCUUUUGGUGUUGUUUAAAAAAAAAAAAA